AUGCCAGACAUGCAGGAGGAGUGUUCAGAGAGACCAAAGCGAAAACCAACGUUUAAUACCCUCGAACGCGAAGAGAAAUUCAGGCAUCCUCCACAAAACGCGUCGACGUACCCGAUUUUCAACGAGUUCGUCACACCGCACAUAGAAUCCUUCAAUGCACUUUUCGACGACUCUGGGUUGCCCAAGGGGGAUGGUAACGGUCGGGGGUUACUGUCACUAGGUUUAAAGGAGAUUGGAGAACGUGUCGUAUUUGAUGGGAAUGGGCAGGUGGGCACAGAGAGCGGUCAGACUGGCUGGGGUAACCGCAUGAGCUUGUGGAUUGAAGAAGUGUCAAUAGCACCCCCGAGGUUGCCAGAUCGUGACACUUGGAGUACGGAACGAAAAGUGUUCCCGUCCGAGGCUCGCGAGCGUUUAACCUCAUAUAGGGGUCGAAUGCAAGCCAAAGUCUGCUGGAGGAUCAAUGGUGAAGAUGGUGUAGAACAGAGCCUGACACGCGAUUGCGGCUUGGUGCCCAUCAUGGUCAGAUCCGUACGCUGUAAUCUUCGUAACCUCUCCUCCGCAGAGCUCGUACGAAGACACGAAGAACCGGAAGAAUUUGGCGGAUACUUCAUUAUCAACGGAAACGAGAGACUAAUUCGGUACCUCAUCCUGCCUCGCAGAAACCACGUCAUUUCCGUCAUUCGCCCAUCUUUCGUGAAUCGAGGUCCUUCGUAUACCCAACACGCGGUUCAGAUUCGAUGCGUUCGCCCUGACCAAUCGAGCAUAACAAAUACCCUUCAUUACCUCUCUAAUGGCAGCGCAAUGUUGCGAUUUAGUUGGCGCAAGCAGGAAUAUGUUAUUCCUAUCAUGCUUAUACUGAAAGCCCUCAUUGGUGCAUCUGAUCAGGAAAUAUUUGAACACGUCAUGAUGCAAGACUAUGAAGAUACAUUCCUGACUGACCGCGUAGAACUUCUUUUGCGCAGUUUCGAAAAGUUUCGUGUAGUACUCGGGGUGCCAGAAGAUUGGAACAACCGAGCGAUUGGGGCAUGGUUGAUUCAAAAAAUGGUCUUGGUUCACGUUGAAGAACCGCGCGACAAAUUUCGUCUGCUGGUAUUCAUGUUACGGAAGCUAUACAGCCUACUGUCUGGAUCGUCCUGCGCAGACAACCCGGAUUCGCCACAACACCAAGAAGUUCUCCUUCCAGGCUACCUGUAUAGCAUGAUUAUCAAAGAACGCCUAGAGGAGGCACUCAAUCAAGUUCGCAAUCAAAUAACCAUUGACGUACGGAGGGCCGAACCUCCGCCGGACUUCUUUGACAAACGAUACAUCCAGAAAGUGAUCAACAAAGUUAACUGGGAGAUUGGUGCAAAAAUGUCCAAUUUUCUGGCAACUGGAAACCUUGUUUCUUCCUCCGGUCUCGACUUACAACAAGCCUCAGGUUUCACGAUUGUUGCGGAGAAGCUCAACUGGCUGCGGUAUAUAAGUCAUUUUCGAUGUAUUCACAGGGGUGCAUUUUUCGCGGAAUUAAAAACGACAACUGUCCGGAAACUCCUUCCUGAAGCAUGGGGUUUCCUGUGCCCCGUGCACACCCCUGAUGGUACUCCUUGUGGUCUGCUCAACCAUCUUUCGCGGUCGUGCCGCAUCGUUACGGCUCCCCGAGCGGUCGCUCACAUCCCGUCCCUACUGCUCGCUCACGGCAUGUCACAACCAUUCUCAUCCUCGAUCGACGGUCGCAAGAACUUAUGCGUCCAACUUGACGGGCGCGUUAUCGGUUGGGCCCGACCGGGAUUGGCUAAGCAGCUUGCUGAGGGCUUGCGAAUAUGGAAGACCGAAGGACUACACAGGAUACCCCUUGACCUCGAGAUCGGUUUCGUACCCGAGAGCAAGGGAGGCCAGCACCCCGGACUGUUCUUAUUCUCAACUCCAGCAAGGAUGAUGCGUCCGGUGAAGUUGCUUGCUAACGGGAGGGACGACCUGGUGGGACCCUUCGAACAAGUCUACCUGAAUAUAGCUGUGAAACCAGGUGAAGUUGAGAUGGGCGUUUCUACACAUGUGGAACAUGCACCUACAAAUUUCCUUUCCAUCCUUGCCAAUUUGACGCCUUUUUCUGAUUUCAACCAAAGUCCACGUAACAUCUACCAAUGUCAGAUGGGUAAACAAACUAUGGGGACACCAUCAACCACGUUACAGCAUCGGACCGAUAACAAGCUUUACCAUCUCCAGACUGGACAAACCCCAGUGGUUCGACCUCGUCUGCAUGAUACAUAUGGUAUGGACGCAUUCCCGAAUGGAACGAACGCAAUUGUUGCAGUUAUUUCCUAUACGGGGUAUGAUAUGGAGGAUGCCAUGAUCCUUAACAAAUCUGCUCAUGAACGUGGAUUUGCGUACGGUACAGUCUACAAAUCCGAGGUGAUAGACUUACAGGAAAUGCGUGGAGCGUCGAAAUCCUCAUCGGCACCGACCCUGCAUUUUGGAUUAGGGGAUGACAUCCACACUGAGGCAGGCGAUCGACAACACACCUGCAUGGGUUUCUUGGACACGGACGGGCUUCCCAGUAUUGGGGUCAAACUGGAGGCUGGAGACCCCAUUGCCGCCUACGUCGAUGACACCACGGGUCGAACUAGAUUCGUCAAGUACAAAAGCGACGAGGCUGGUAUUGUGGAUAAGGUUCGGCUGCUCGGCUCAGAUGCAGGGGACACCGAGCUCCAAAAACUUCAAGUAACCUUGCGAAUCACGCGCUCUCCCGUCAUCGGAGACAAGUUCUCUUCCCGUCAUGGCCAGAAAGGGGUCUGCUCCCAAAAGUGGCCUGCAGUCGACAUGCCAUUCUCCGAGAGCGGGAUGCAACCAGACGUCAUCAUCAACCCGCAUGCUUUCCCUAGUCGAAUGACCAUCGGAAUGUUGGUAGAGAGCAUGGCUGGCAAAGCCGGUGCAAUGCAUGGGCUAGCUCAGGAUGCCACCCCAUUCGAAUUCUCGGAGGAAGAUACGGCAAUCGAUUACUUUGGCGAGCAGCUCGUGGCCGCAGGAUUUAAUUACUAUGGUAACGAGCCGAUGUAUUCUGGCAUCACUGGCCAAGAAUUCGCGGCGGAUAUCUACAUCGGUGUCGUCUACUACCAGCGACUGCGUCACAUGGUAUUGGACAAGUUCCAAGUGCGAACGACGGGUCCAGUGGACCCGGUGACACGCCAACCUGGUCGCAAACGUGCAGGAGGUAUCCGUUUCGGAGAGAUGGAACGCGAUGCCCUCAUAGCGCACGGCACGUCGUUCCUCUUGCAAGAUAGGUUAAUGAACUGUUCGGACUAUUCCACGGCAUGGGUGUGCCGGACAUGUGGCAGUCUCAUAUCGCUGGGAUACGACGACGUCAGUCUAGGUGAGGUUUUGUCGGGAGUUAUAAGACCGUCGGGCCCUGGUGGCGAGUAUUGCAGGGUUUGCCGCGCAGCUGCUGAACAAGAUGAUGAGAGGGCGAGACAAACGCUGGCGACAGGUCACAAUCUAGACAGGGGUCCCCAGCCGGAGAUAUCUGUCGCGAUACCGUCGUCCCAUGUCUUGGGUUCGACGAAAAAAGGUGGCGAUAUGGAAGUGGUGGCAAUCCCAUACGUGUUCCGCUAUCUCUGUGCCGAGUUGGCUGCCAUGGGUAUAGCAGUUUCGUUGGAGGUGCAGUAG